AUGAACUCCACUAUUUCGUCAAAGGUCGCCGAAUUAAUCCGAACCAAAUCCAUCUUGGUUUUUUCCAAGUCGUUUUGUCCUUACUCCAUGCAGGUCAAGGAGCUCAUCAAGAGCCUUGGCUUUAAACCAUACACUGUCGAACUUGACCUUGAAGGUAAUAUAGCGCAUUCGAUAUCUGUAGAUGAUGGUGCACAAAUACAGGAAUAUCUAACUAGCUCCACCGGCCAGAAAACCGUUCCAAACGUUUUUAUCUACGGUAGGCAGAAUUUCCCUGAACAUCCUAGAAAAACAGUAUGGCGGCUGCAGCGACAUCAAGGCACUGCAUGA